AUGGCUCCUCCACCGCCCGCCAACCUGCCUCUGACCGAGAGGCUGCUGACUCUGGCCAAGACCCUGCAGUUCGCUUGGUUCGUCGGACACUUGACGCUCAUCCUGUGCAUCACGCGCUACUCGUUCUCGUGGAUCCGCAUGCACUACUAUACCCGCAUGGCCCAGCUGUCCUACCGUGUUGCCUUUAUCGCUGCCGCCGCCACAUACGGCAUUGUCGUCUACAAGACUCUGCGUGCCAGGACCAAGUCCAGGCAGGGCUUUGGCGGCCCUAUCGGCCUGCUCACCGAUGAGAAUGUGCAGUACUUGCUCAUGGCCUUGGUCUGGCUCUUCUCGCCCCAGUAUCCUCUCGCCAUGCUUCCCUACGGCAUCUACUCGGUCUUCCACGUUGCGACCUACACCCGCGCCAACCUGAUCCCCACCCUCUCGCCGCCCCAGCAGAUCGCCCCCGCGGCCGGUGCCUCCCCCAGCGCUAAGCCCCAGUAUGCACCUCACCCAGCUGCCGAGUCCAUCGGCAGCUUUGUCAAGGAGUACUACGACACCUCCAUGUCUGUUGUCUCCGGCCUCGAGAUUCUGCUCUGGAUCCGCCUCCUGCUUGCCGCCAUCUUCUUCCAGCGCCGGUCGUGGAUCCUGCUUGCUCUCUACACCACCUUCCUGCGAGCCCGCUUCUCUCAGAGUGUCCAUGUGCAGAACUCUUUCGCGCAGCUUGAGGCCCGUGUCGACAACUUGACGGGGGCUCAGGGCACUCCUCCGGCUGCCCGCCAGGUCUGGGACAGCAUCAAGGGCGGCGCGCGCCAGUUCCACUCUGUCACCGACUUCAACCGCUUCAAGGCCGGCUCUGCCCUCCCCAAAAAGUCCACUCUUUGCGAACAGUAUGAUGUGCACACUGUGGCGACAGCUGUACUCGACCUAUACAAGUUCAUCAAGACUCAUGCUAGCGCAACCUCCAAGUACUGGUUGGGGUCGCCAGUCCAACAAUUCCGAUCCCACGUGCCUCAGGGUCCCUCUGGACGAGGCCGCUGCCUCUUCUUCAUGACAUCGCUGCUGCGCCAGAUCGUGGCCGGUCCGCGUGCCAAGCAUGCCGAGACCGGUCUUGAUCUCUGCUAUGUCACCUCGGACCUCAUCGCAACCUCAGGUCCCUCGCAGACGUAUCCGCAGCGCGCCUACCGCAACCCGCUCGACCACCUCGUGGCGUACCUCGACUCCAAGCACGGCGACAACUGGGCGAUAUGGGAGUUCCGCGCCGAGGGCACGGGCUACCCGGACGAGGCCGUCUACGGGCGCAUACGGCACUACCCGUGGCCCGACCACCACCCGCCGCCCUUCCGGCUCGUGCCCAUGAUCGUGGCGAGCAUGCGCAACUGGAUGGCCGGCGGGGACCUGCACGGGCCCAUGGUCGAAGACGUCGACGACGAGCCGGCGCGGAACAAGGGCAAGGGCAGCGGACGGGUGAUCGUGGUCCACUGCAAGGCGGGCAAGGGCCGCUCCGGCACCAUGGCUUGCAACUACCUCAUCUCGCAGCGCGGGUGGACGCCGCAGGACGCCCUGGAGAGGUUCACGUCGAGAAGGAUGCGGCCCAGCUUCGGCUCGGGCGUGUCGAUCCCCUCGCAGCUGCGCACGAUCAGCUAUGUGGACAGGUGGACGCGGCACGGCAAGAAGUACGUGGACCAGGAGGUCGAGAUCGUCGAGAUACACGUCUGGGGGCUCAGGAACGGCGUCAAGGUGUCGGUGCAGGGCUACGUUGAGGAGGGCAAGAAGAUCCACAAUUUCCACACGUUCAAGUCGGACGAGCGCUACGUCAUCGAGGGCAACGCGCCGGGGGGCGGAGGCGUGCUCGACAUGGUGACGGACAUGGCUGGGUAUGUGGCUCCUCUCGAGGGAGACGCCGAGAUUGCAGAGCACGCCGACUACGAUGCCAUCGCGGAGAACAAGACCGAUUCCAAAGACAAGGACAGCGAGAGCAGCAGCAAGACGGAGUCUAAAAGCGACCUGCCGACGCGGACGAAAUCGAAGAAGCUCGACAAGGCGGCGGGAAUCAUGCGCAAGCUGUCCAAAUCUAAGAAGCGCGACGACAGCCUGCCGCCUAAGAGGGGCAAGACCAUCGACACGUCGCAUUUGCCAGCCGGAUCGGCCGCCUCACUCAACUCGAGCGCCAGCGCCUCUGCUUCCGGGGGCUCAGGGCCGGGGCAGUCGCAGACAAACCUUUCCAGCGCCGGCAGGACCAACACGUUCGCGGCGUCUGACGAGCCAGGCGGGCAGGCCGUCAUCUUCAAGGCCGUCACGCCCGUGCGAGUGCCCAACGGCGAUGUCAACAUCGACCUCGAGAGGCGGACGAGGCCGCCCGCAGCCAUGGGUCUCACGAUGGUCACGUCGGUCGCUCACGUAUGGUUCAACGCCUUCUUUGAGGGCAACGGGCCCGAGCAGGACGGCAAGCCAGACACGAGCGGGGUGUUUGAGAUCGACUGGGACAAAAUGGACGGCAUCAAGGGGAGCAGCAGGCGGGGCACGAGGGCGGCGGACCGGAUCGCCGUGGUCUGGAGGGUCGCCGGCACGGGCGAGUCCGCCGAGGAGGCGCAGCGCGAGGGCCUGCCUAAGCUACGGGUGGAAGACGAGCCGGCGGAGGGGCAGCCGGUGCCGCAGAUGAAGGCGGCGGACUGGAAGGGCGCGAACCGCGAGGACAACACGGGCGAAGACACGGGGCAGAAGAAGCUGGGCCUCAGGGUCACGUCGCCCGACAGCGCCGACGUGAGCGCUGCGAGCAGCAUCACUGGGCCGCCUGAGGAGGACGACAGCGGUAGGGGGGCUGGCAAGGAGGGCGAUGAGGAUUCGCUCAAGGGUGUCAAAACGAGCGGGCCGGAGGGCGGAGUACUGAAGGUUGACGAGGGUGCGGAGGAGAAGGACAAGGGCGGCGAUGCCUCAAAGACAGCGAAGAAUGGGUUCAUCAUAGAGUAA